AUGUGGCAUCUUGCUCAUCAUGCACUCCCUCUAGGAUAUUGGCUUAUACAUGAAACAACUUACAAAUUUCUCAAAUAUACAGCUGAACCUAUCUCUUCCACAAUAGAUAAUAUUCUUCAAGCCACUAACAUAUCUUCAGCUUAUAAAGGAAAGCAGCCAUCUGAAUUCACAUAA